AUGCCGAAAGUGAAACGAAGUCGUAAACCGCCACCAGAAGGAUGGGAAUUAAUUGAGCCAACGCUGGAGGAGUUGGACCAGAAAAUGAGAGAGGCCGAGACUGACCCCCACGAAGGAAUGAGGAAAGCCGAAGCACUGUGGCCCAUUUUUAGAAUUCACGGACAAAAGUCCAGAUAUAUUUUUGAUCUUUUUUAUAAAAGAAAGGCUAUAUCGAGAGAACUAUACGAAUACUGUUUGAAAGAGAAGAUUGCCGAUGCCAACCUCAUUGCGAAGUGGAAGAAGACAGGCUACGAGAACCUCUGCUGCCUACGUUGCAUACAAACACAAGACACCAACUUCCACACCAACUGCAUCUGCAGGGUUCCAAAAUCUAAACUGGAAGAGGGUAAAAUUGUAGAAUGCGUGAACUGUGGAUGCAGAGGUUGUUCUGGCUGA